GCGGCGCCGGGCAGGUCGCGGCCAUGGCGGCGGUGUAGCCGGAGCGGGCGGCGCGGCGCCACCAUGAUCAUCGAGAGCGUCGAGGCGCUCAAGUCCUGGCUGGCCAAGCUGCUGGAGCCCAUAUGUGACGCAGACCCCUCAGCCUUGGCCAACUAUGUCGUGGCAUUAGUGAAGAAAGACAAGCCUGAGAAGGAGCUGAAAGCUUUCUGUGCUGACCAGCUGGAUGUGUUCCUGCAGAAAGAAACUUCAGGGUUUGUAGAUAAACUUUUUGAAAGUUUGUACACCAAGAGUUACCUUCCUUCUGCUGAGCCCACAAAGGCAGAGGCAAAGCCUGCAGGGCAAGAGAAAGAAGAAGUCAAGGAGGAGUUGUGUGUUAAACAGAAUUUUCAAGAGUCUGUUGAAGAGGAGCGGGAGAGCAGGAGGAAGAAGUAUUCCAGUCCCCAGAGGAGCCGUACAGAUUCCAGUGAGCAAAGAACCAGAGAGAAGAAGCGGGACGAUGCAAAGUGGAGGGACUAUGACAGGUACUAUGAUAGGAGUGACUUGUACAGGGAGAAGUCUGGCUGGCGCCGGGGCAGGAGUAAGAGCCGGAGCAAGAGCAGAGGCUUGAGUCGGAGCCGCAGCCGCAGCCGGGGCCGCAGCAAAGACCGGGAUGGCAGCAGGAGUGAGCACCGAGAGAGAGAGAGAUCAAAAUACAAGAGUGAAAAAAAUGAUGUCGAAGGCUCAUAUAAUCCAGUGUCCGCAUCUCCCAGUAAAUCCUCCGAACAGUAUUCCUCUGCACAAGCUAUUCCCAGUGCUGUAACUGUAGUUGCACCUGCACACCACCUUGAAGGCACAUCAGAGAGCUGGUCAAACUACUUCAACAACCACAGCAAUCCCAGUUCAUUUGGCAGAAACCCUCCUCCUAAAAGAAGAUGUCAAGAUUAUGAUGAGCGAGGCUAUUGUGUCCUUGGUGAUCUCUGCCAGUUUGAUCAUGGAAACGAUCCUUUAGUGGUAGACGAAGUUUCCUUGCCCAGCAUGAUCCCGUUCCCGCCGCCGCCGCCGGGACUGCCGCCGCCGCCACCGGGGCUGCUGCUGCCGCCGCUGCCGGGGCCGGUGCGCGGCCUGCGGCUGCCGGUGCCGCAGCCCCACCCGCAGCCCCCGCCGCCCGUCGUGCUGCCCGUCCCGCGACCGCCUUUAACCCAGUCCAGCUUGAUAAAUAGUCGUGACCAGCCGGGGACGAGCGCAGUGCCCAGUCUUGCACCCGUGGGAGCAAGGCUGCCUCCUCCUCUGCCUCAGAACCUGCUCUACACAGUGUCAGAACAUACAUAUGAGCCAGAUGGCUAUAACCCUGAAGCUCCUAGUAUUACCAGUGCUGGUAGAUCUCAGUAUCGGCAGUUCUUUACGAGAGCACAAAUGCAGCGUCCAAAUCUAAUUGGCCUAACAUCUGGGGAGAUGGAUACAAACCCUCGAGCUGCCAACAUUAUCAUCCAAACUGAGCCUCCCAUUCCUAUUCCAAAUAACAGCAGCAAUGUCACUAGAGUUGUCCUGGAACCAGACAGCAGGAAGAGAUCUCCAAGCAGCAUGGAAUGUCCACCAUUGAAGAAACCCUGGCUGGGAAAGCAAGUAAAUAACAACCAGAAUAAGCCAGGGUUUUUGAAAAAGAAUCAGUAUACUAAUACAAAAUUGGAAGUUCGAAAAAUUCCACCAGAAUUGAACAAUAUUACACAGCUCAACGAACACUUCAGCAAAUUUGGAACUAUUGUAAACAUUCAGGUGGCUUUCCAGAACGAUCCUGAAGCUGCUCUCAUUCAGUACUUGAACAACGACGAGGCGAGGAAGGCCAUUUCCAGCACGGAGGCGGUGCUGAGCAAUCGCUUCAUCCGGGUGCUGUGGCACAGGGAGAGCGAGCAGCAGCCCCCGUUGCUGCAGCAGCAGCAGGCGCCCGCCCCGCAGGCCCUGCAGCACCUGCAGCAGCAGGCCCUGGCCACGCCACCCGCCGUGACCAUGCACAGCAGCCUGGCCAAGGUGAUGAACAAACCCCUGGCAUCUGGUGCCUACGUCCUGAACAAAGUCCCGGUGAAAAGGCGCCUUGGGGCAGCGGGUGGGAGCCAGCCUGAGCUCAGCCAGCCCGGGGCUGGGGCGGAGGAGUCUCAGAUAUUUCCUACUUCUGCAAGCCACUCAAAAAUGGUUUACAGUUCUCCAAACUUGAAGACAACUCUGAAGUCUGGUGCAGGAUCUAAACCUCAUGACGUGCAAGAAGCCCUUAAAAAAAAGCAGGAGGCAAUGAAACUCCAGCAAGAUAUGAGGAAAAAGAAGCAGGAGAUGUUAGAAAAACAAAUAGAAUGCCAGAAGAUGUUGAUAUCCAAGCUGGAGAAAAACAAGGCCAUGAAACCAGAAGAGAGAGCAGAAAUUAUGAAGACUUUAAAAGAACUAACAGGAAAAAUAUCUCAGUUAAAGGAUGAAUUAAAAACUUCAUCUACAACCUCCACACCAUCCAAAUUGAAGUCCAAGACAGAGGCCCAGAAGGAGCUGUUGGAUGCAGAGCUGGACUUCCAUAAGCGACUGUCCUCCGGAGAGGACACAACGGAGCUGCGCAAGAAGCUCAACCAGCUGCAGGUGGAGGCUGCCCGCCUGGGCAUCUUGCCGGCUGGCCGAGGAAAGGCAGCGGCAGCCCCGGGGAGGGGCCGUGGCCGGGGCCGCGGGGGCAGAGGCCGGGGGAUGCUGAACCACAUGGUGGUGGAUCACCGGCCCAAGGCGCUCACCGUGGGAGGCUUCGUUGAAGAGGAAAAAGAUGAAUUGUUACAGCACUUCUCUAAAUUUGGAGAUAUCGAAGAUCUUCAGGAAGAGGAUUCCCCAUUAAGUGUUGUUGUAACUUUUAAGUCCCGCUCAGAAGCUGAGAAUGCUGCUAACCAGGGAUCCCGGUUCAAGGACCGACGGCUCCAGAUCUCGUGGCACAAACCCAAGGUACCUUCUGUGUCCACAGAAGUUGAGGAAGAGGAGUCUAAGGAAGAGGAGACUGAAACCUCAGAUUUAUUUUUGCACGAAGAUGAUGAUGAUGAUGAUGAAGAUGAGGAUGAAUCCCGUUCUUGGAGAAGAUGAAACUUGAUGUUCGAAAUGUAUAAUUUUAGGAAUAUAGUUCAACCUACAUCUUUUAAACGUUUAUUUAAGGAAGUUGAUGAGCCAAAAAGAGCUUUACUUUCUUUUCAAACCACAAAAUUUACCAUGAGCAGUUUGGUAUGAAAACAUUUGGGACACAGAGCUGUGAGACUGAGCUAGCCAAAGGCCCAGGAACUUCUUACAGGAUUAUCAAGCUCACCAGGGUGGUGAUUUUUUUCUAUUUAAGAAGGAUAAAAAGGGGGGGAGGGGGUUGGAAAUCAGUAUUUUCUUGUCCUCUUUUUGUGUCACCUGUAUUAUCUUGUUUUGGGUUUUUUAUAAUGUGAUUGGUUUGUUAGUUUAUAAUUGAAAAGAUAUUACAGGUUUUAUUUAGCAAUAUUAUGGGGUUAGGGGAAGGACAAACUUUCAUUAAAUAUUAUGAAAGAAAGACUGGCCUCAUUUGCUCGUUGAAAAAAGGGAGCAUUUUAUUUCCUGUCGAGUCUCAUGUUGUAGGAAUUAUUUGUGGCUAGAUUCCUAAAUCAUUUACUUCAGUAUGUGUGACAGCCACACUAUAUGUUGUGCUGCUUUUUGUAAGAGGAGGUAGAAGAAACAAUUUAACAGGAUAUUGUUAUAACAUUCUCCAGUUCACUCUGUUUCUCCAGAUUCUGCUUCACAGAAAACAUCAGCUGCAGCACACACAGGAGUGGAUUUUCACUCCUUGAUUUCCUUCUGUCGUUUCAGCAUAAGGCUCUGUGUAGGUCAGGCUGUUUAUUGCAUUUCAGUAUUUGUGAGCAAGAAUGGAAGGAGUUCCAAUCUUCCCCAAAAGCAGCUCAAGUGGCCCCUGUCUGCCAGGAGCAGCUUUCCUCUCCCAGCUGGCAGCCGAGUUCCAGCAGAGCCCCGUGGGUUCAGCCCGCAGCACUGGGUGUCCUGCCUGGCCCCAGCCAGGCUGCAGCGUCCCAGCGUUCAGGGCUGCUGUGCAGUGGCUCUGCUCGUGUCCCAGGGCACUUCUGCAGCCGUGUCCCGCUCUCAGUGCCUCUCUGCUGCCCUGGAACCCAGCAGGGCGUGUGCUGCGCUGGCUCUGGGCUCUCUGCCUUGUGGCUGGGGCUCCCAGCAGCACUUCCCUGACUGCCCACUUGCCCUGGCCGCUCCUCAACACGUUUUUUGUGCAUUUCUGCACAAAAUCGGCACCGUGGCCGUGCACAGCACUCUUCUUCUUGAAUGAUUGCCAGUGUAGGCCCCAGUAAUUCCUGACUGAAGGACAGCAUCCACCAAACCCUUUACUUGCCCGUGGCUCUGGGUGUGGCCAGGACAGGUGCUGAGCACCCUUUGGGGUCACAGCCCUGCUGACUACCCUUGUGCUGUGGUGAGGUAUCCAACUUGUAUAAUGUCCUGUUUCUUGUCAGCUGAAGGGAGUGUCUCCAGUAUUCUGUCUGUUUCCAAACCUCUCCUCUUCCUAGAUUAGGACUGUCCUGCUAAUGCUGAGACUAAAUUCCAGGCAUGAAGAAAUGGAGGAGAAACCCACCCCAUGAAUUUACAAGAAUGUCUUGCUCUUCUCCCAUCACCUCUAGGGGUUUUAAUGUCUGUGGCACAGUGUGUACCUUGAGAAGUCCAUUGCAGCAAACAUGUCCGAGUCCUGACAACUUAAAAAAGGAGAGAGGGAUCAAAAGGAUUUAUAUAUUUUUUUGUACAGAGUUUUUUCUUAAACUGUAUAAUUUUGUAAAUAUUUUGCUUUUUUGUGUACUAAAAUUACCGGCGUAUAGAUUUCAAUAAGAAUUGUUGUAUUUUUGUAUUUGGAAAAUGAAAAUUACAGUGGAUUAAUUAAGCUGUAAGAAAAACUGCGGUAUCCUUCGACACACACAGAAUGGAUUCCUUUUCAUAUGGUUUUAGCUCUAAAGUGACACUGGGGUGGCCCCUGGGGCAGGGCCAGGGCCGGGGCAGCGAGGCCAUCGCUGAGAGCUGCAGCCUGUUGCAGUUUGGCCUCAGCUGAGUGCCAGUGCCAGCCCGGAGGUGGCUGCUGCCCCCAGCCUGGCAGUGCCCCAGCCUGGCUCUGCCCGGGCACAGGGGCCGCAGCUGGCGCCGGGCUGGAGGAGAGGAGCUGUGUGAAACCAGCCUGCCUUUUGCUUAUGGACGCCCCACGUUCCAGGGCCUGCGGGGCCUGCCUUGGGCUGGCUCGGAUGUCUGUGUUUGCAGAGGCAGCAGGGCAGUGCAGCUGGUUCGUUUUGUGGUGAUGCUUUACUGGGAAACCCGCCUGUACCUUGGGCAAAACUGCCCUCAGGGGUACUGUGUGCCCCUGCCAAGUGUGCCAGCCUGAGCUGGGGGACAGACACUGAAGGAUGAGGGGAGGGGGAAAGAAAGUCACUGCAGAGAAUUCUCUCCCUUUCUGAGCUGGAUUAACAUGAGCAAAAAUAAAACCACCUCAAAUCUGAAACCUUUUCCUGCUCAGGAAAGCACCACUUUAGCAAAAUCAUGUGAAAAGGAACAAAGCUCCUCUUGGUGUAUAGUAACCUUGUACUAUAGUUUUUACAGAUUGUGAACUUGUGUAAUAGGAUAAUAGCAGAUAUUGUUGAAUUUCUAAUUGUUUACACAUUAAAAUUCAUAUAUGUAAUGUUUGUUUUAUUGAUUACAAGCCAAAUUUCUAAGAUGCAUGUUGACUUUUUGCAAUAAAGUUAUAGUAUGGAAUGGUUCAAGAUUUAGAAAAGACAAAAUUCUAACUGAAAUAAAUUGGAAGGAGAACCAUUCAAAAAAAUUACAACUCAGAAAAA